AUGGCCUCGUCUUCUCAAAGCCGAGAAUAUGGGGCACUUCCCCGACCUUCCGACUCAUCCUCGCGGCCCUCGCUAGACCAGGACGAGCCCCAACACCCCCACGAAGCUGUCGCCUUGUUGUCAGGCACAGUAUCGCCUGUUUCCGACGACGGCAGCCGUGGCAUUCUCGGUGGCAGGUCUCGCCACGGUCACUUGGAAGGCUCUGACGAUGGCCCUGACACGACGGAACGCCAAGCCCGCCAGGCCAUGGCGGCCGAGCAUGCUCUGACGCCGUGGCAAGCCAUCAAGAUGUAUCCAAUGGCUAUCUUUUGGAGCCUUAUGGUAUCCAUGUGUGUCAUUAUGGAAGGCUACGAUGCCAUCCUCAUCGGGAACUUCUUCGCUUAUCCCGCCUUUGCGGAAAAGUACGGCCAAUAUGUCGACGACAAGGGACAGCAUCAGCUCUCUGCGGCGUGGCAGGCUACCCUGGGCAACGCCAGUACAGUCGGAUGCUUCAUCGGCGUCACUGUCAACGGCUUCCUUGUCGACCGGUACGGCCAGAAGCGCGUCAUUGUCAGCGCCCUCGGCGCCCUCUCGCUCUUCGUCUGCAUUACCUUCUUCGCCGAUAGGAUCCUGGUCCUCAUGUUUGGGCAGCUUCUCUGCGGCAUCCCGUGGGGCAUCUUCGCUUCGUCUGCGCCCGCUUAUGCGUCUGAAGUGCUGCCAAUGUGUUUGCGCGCAUACCUGACGUCGUGGACCAACAUGUGCUUCAUCAUUGGACAGUUGAUCGCAGCCGGUGUCCUGGCCACGCUCGUGUCGCGGACCGACGAGUGGGCGUACCGUAUCCCUUUUGCCAUCCAGUGGGUGUGGCCUGCUUUCCUGAUUCCCAUCCUAGUCUUCGCCCCAGAAUCGCCCUGGCAUCUCGUCCGCCAGGGACGUCUCGACGAGGCCGAAGAGUCCCUCCACCGGCUGCAGAAGAAGUCGGCAUCGCGAUCACACGUCAAGGCCAUCCUCGCGGGCAUCAUCCGCACCAACAAGCUCGAGAUGGAAAUCACCGCCGGCACCAGCUACUGGGACUGCUUCCGCGGGAUCGAGCGCCGCCGCACCGAAAUCGCCUGCCUCGCGUUUGCCGGCCAGGUCCUCUCUGGAUCUGCUUUCGCCUACAACUCGACGUAUUUCUUCCAGCAAGUCGGCGUCUCGACCGAGUGGACCUACAAGCUGAACAUUGGAGGCACGGCCAUGGCCCUCGUCGGCACAUUCGUUAACUGGUUCGCCCUGAUGCCGUAUUACGGCCGCCGACAAAUCUACCUCCGCGGCCUGUCGACCAUGUGCGGUGUCCUCCUGCUGAUCGGCGUCCUCAACGUGUGGACGUCGACAAAGGCCGUCGGCAUCGCCCAGGCAAUCCUCACCCUGCUCUGGACCUUCGUCUUCCAGCUGUCCGUCGGCCAGCUCGGCUGGUCCAUCCCCUCCGAAGUGGGCUCCACGCGCCUGCGCCAGAAGACCAUCUGCCUCGCGCGCAACGCCUACUACGUCGUGCUCGUCAUGUCCAACGCCCUGCAGCCCUACUUUAUGAACCCACGCCAGCUGAACCUCAAGGGCUACGCAGGUUUCUUCUGGGGGACCACCGCCGCGCUGACCUUUCUGUGGGCCUUCUUGCGGCUGCCGGAGACCAAGGGCCGCACGUACGAGGAGCUCGACUGGCUGUUUGCGCAGAACACACCCACGCGGGCGUUUGCCGGGACGGAGGUCAAGGGGCUGGGUGGGGAGGACAAAUUGCAUUUGCCGCCGGUGCAUUGA